AUGAAAUUUGAAACAAGUCGUCGGAACUUCAUACGGAAAUCCGCACUCAUCGCUGUUGCGCCCGCCGUGGGCUACACAAACUUUGCUAACGCUGAAGAGGUUUUGAUAGACGAGGCAGACCCGGCCGCUGCUGCGCUGGGAUACAAACACGUCGCCGCCGAAGUUGACGUAGCCAAGUAUCCGAAAAAGGCUGGAGCAGAAGGCGCCAAGCAGUUGUGUCUGAACUGUUCACUCUACCAGCCCAAAACAGACGCAUUAGGCGGCUGUCAGAUCUUCCCCGGCAAAAACGUUGUAGACCCCAUGAAAUACCUGAUCCCCCUGCUGCUGCUCCUGGCAGGGACCAGCACUGCGCUGGCUAACGACAAAUAUGAGCCACCGCGCAUGGCCAACGGCAAGCCAGACUUUAAUGGCGUCUGGCAGGUGAUGAAUCGUGCCAACUUCAAUCUGGAGCCCCACGGUCCGGAAGCAGCGCUGGCACUUCGUGAUGGCCCCAUAGUUCCGGUGCCCGCCGCGGAAGUGAUCGCCCUGGGCGCCGUUGGCGCUGUACCUGCAAGCCUGGGCGUUGUGCUGGAUGGACCGAUCCCCUAUACCCGCAAAGCACGCAAGCAGCGAGACAAGAACAAAGCUGCCUGGUUGCAGUCUGACCCUGAAAUAAAAUGCUAUCUACCUGGCGUACCUCGCGCCAACUACAUGGACUUUGGUUUCCAGAUCUUCCAUAACACCGACGCGCUGGUCUUCUCCUACGAAUACGCCGGCGCUGUCCGCAACAUUCACCUGACCGACCCUGGCCCUGCGCCUAUAGACAGCUGGAUGGGGCAGUCGUGGAUGCACUGGGAAGGCGACACCAUGAUCAUAGAAACCACCGGAUUCAACGGCCAGACCUGGCUGGAUAGAGCAGGCAAUCACCACACCGACAAGCUAAAGGUUAUUGAACGUUUCACAUUACUCAGCCCUCACGUCAUGGACUAUGAGGCCACGCUUGAAGACCCCAAUGUUUAUUCCCGACCGUGGACGAUCAAAAUGCCGAUCUAUAAAAGAGUGCCCCCGGACGAUCGACUCAUGCAGUUCAACUGCGUCGAGUUUGUUGAAGAACUCAUGUACGAAGCACCGAUCUCCGUGCGUGGUCAUGUUACAAAAAUUGAAUGGAUCAACCCGCACGCCUGGAUUCACCUGGCAGCGGAUCAGGAAGAUGGCAGCGUUGUCGACUGGAUGUUUGAAGGCGGCACGCCAAACACCCUGGUCCGCUCAGGCAUAGACCGCAACUCUCUGGCCAUCGGCACUGAAAUUGUCGUCCGCGGCUACCAGAGCAAAGACCGCAACUGCACACCUGCCUGCAAAGCCAACGGUCGCGACCUGGCAUUCACAGAUGGGCGUAAAGUUUUUAUGGGUUCUUCAGGCACCGGCGCACCAAAAGACGGCCUGGACUGGCAAGUGCCGCGCAUGGACUGGGGCGACCCUGAUCUGCAGGGCGUCUGGACCAACGCAACUGUCACCGGCCUGGAACGUCUGCCCGGCUUCAACUCGCUGGUGAUCAGCGAAGCACAGGCACGCAGACUGGAACAGCGAGACGCGCAAAAUUCGGACGAGAUCGAUAACUUACCCGACGGUGAUCUGCCAAGCGGUGAAAUUGUUGGCGGCUACAACACUGCCUGGCUGGAUCGCGGCACCCAUUUGCUGCGGGUAAAAGGCGAGCCACGAACCUCCAUCAUCAUCGAGCCUGCAAACGGCAAAGUGCCUUACACAAUUACCGGUUGGCGAAAGUACUGGUGGAAGCUGAUCAACAGCCAGAAACGCAACAAUCCGGAAGAACAACUGACCGGCGACCGCUGCCUGGUGGGUUACGGCUCGACAGGCGGACCGCCGAUGCUACCCGUGCUUUACAACAACAACUACCGGAUCGUGCAGACGCCAGGUCAGGUCAUGAUUCUGGUCGAGAUGAACCAUGCCGUGAGAACAAUUCGCAUCAACGGUGAGCCGCUGCCACCCCAGAUCAGACCGUGGCUCGGUGAUUCUAUCGGUCACUGGGAGGGUGACACGCUGGUUGUGGAGACGACGCAGUUUCAUCCUGAUCAAAGCAUGCGCGGCGCUAUCAAACACCAGCUGUAUGUUGGCAAAGACAGCAUAGUGACUGAACGCUUCACCCGCGUCGGUGAACAGGAAAUUCACUAUGCAUUCAGCGUAGAAGACAGCAAGAUCUAUAGACAACCCUGGCGCGGCGAACUGACGUUCACCCCAAGCAAUGGUGAUAUAUACGAAUACGCCUGCCAUGAAGGCAACUAUGGCAUGGCCAACAUGCUUGCAGGCGAGCGGGCUCAGGGUAAAAACGGCUUACGCUGGCUAUGGGGUUUGAUGACCAACAUGCCAGAAGAAGUCAGCCACCCACAGCUGAGCAGCUCGAGAUUUAAAGACUAG